AUGCUACACAGCCGCGAAAGAAGGCAGAAUGAACGAGGCAGCGGUGUCGAGAUUGCACAGUCGCUACAAGCCAAGCGAACGAACAGCAGCACUAAGAGAACCUACCAGUCCAAAGUCAACGUUAUGAAGACGUGGCUUUCCCAGCAUUAUCCAGGCACAAUCAACACCGACAUAAUGGAGUUGCGAGUUCCCCUUCCAAAAGAAGCUGUUCUUGCGUUCUUCGGUCACAUUUGCGAGGCUGCAUUCUCCUGCGACCAUGAGGAAAUGGAUGCUCGGGAUGCCCCCAGGGUACCACUCUCUGCGUCUUGCGUCUGGGGAUACCGAAGCGCGUUAGUGGGUGUGUACCAUAAUAAGUUGUUGGAGUUGGAUCAGCCCUUGGACACCGAUCUGAGGCGUGUCCUCGAUGGCUACGAGAAGGAAAUUAACAACCUGAAGAAAAGAGGCUUAGUGAAGAUAAAUGAAGGCAAGCGCCAGUUGAAAGCCAGUGGGUACAAGCUACUUGCACGGAAAUUGAUGUCAAUAACGCCGACAAAGCGAGGCCAAUCGUGGGCUACAGUUUUAUUUGGAUGGAGCUACUUCGUAUUGAUGUGGAAUCUAAUGAGCCGCUCCGAUUCAAUUGACACUAUAAUGCUGCAGCACAUGGAGUGGAUCGACUAUGCUCUUGUCAUUGAAGAACAAGGACAUAAAGGAGACCAAACAGGAGUGGACAAAUUUGGCAAGCACGUCUACACUAAUCCCUACGAGUCUUCUCAAUGCCCGAUACUCGCUAUUGGCGUGCAUUUACUUUGCUGCCCGGAGCGCAUUGUUGGGGGGAAGCAGCAGUUAUUCAUUGACAGCGAUAAUAAAAAUCGAUUUGGGCGAUUUUAA